AUGUUUGGCAAGUUAAAGCUCCUCCUGAGUGGCCCUCAGGUGCCAGCGGCUUCAGGGACUCUAGCUCCAGCCAAGGAGGAGAAGGAGAAUGAGGCCAAGAAUGUGGGCAAACCGCAAGCCCCUGCCCCAGCAGCAGCCCCAGCUGCCCCAGCCCCAGCUGCCCCGGCUGCCCCAGCAAUGGCGGCCCCAGCAGCAGCCCCUGAUGCCCCAGCCCCAGCUUCCCCGGCUGCCCCAGCAAUGGCGGCCCCAGCAGCAGCCCCUGAUGCCCCAGCCCCAGCCUCCCCAGCCCCAGCUGCCCUAGCUGCCCCAGCUGCCCCAGCAAUGGCGGCUCCAGCAGCAGCUGCGGUGGCGGUGGCCCCGGCCCCAGCAGCCCCUACUCCUGCUCCAGCAGCGGCCGCAGCAGCCCCAGCUAACCCUGAUCAAGCUGGACCUGAGGGCCAAGAAGCGGCCCCUCCUCCACCUCCACCCAUCGUCAUCAACAAGUAUUCAGACGAGCAGCUCAGAACCAUCGUCAAGUCAAUGAGAGACAGACUGCAGCUCUACAGGCAGAAAGUGGAGGAUCAGUAUGCUACGUCCCCUGAGAUCAGCCCACCCGUCACACCUGUGCUGCUCAAAGACAAUUACACAAAAGUCAUAGAGGAGAGGAAAAGCCAAGCAGAGGAGGAGCGGAUAAAGAAGGAAGAAGCUGAGAAGAAGAAGAAAGAAGAGCAGGAGAAGAAAAAGCAGGAGGCCGAGCAGAAAAAGAAGGAGGAGGAAGAGAAAAAGAAAGCAGAGGUUAAAGAUGAAAAAAAGGAGGAGAAGAGCAUGAAGGCCAAGUUAACUGAAGCUACCUGGUAUUGGAUGGACGUUGUUCUGAUGCCAAUUGAAGACAAAAUGGACUCAGUGCUGGGGAAGACCAUCGACCCUUUUACAGACCGUCGCUACAUCGCCUGGCUGAGUCUGGUGACUCUGGCCUUCAACUACAAUACCUGGUUAAUCACGGCCCGUCUGUGUUUCCCGUACCACACGGAAAGCUCCAUCCCUUACUGGUUCGCCGUGGAUAUGGUGGCCGACUUCAUCUACCUCACAGACGCCAUCCUCUUCCAGGCCCGCAAACAGUUUGUCAAAGCAGGAGACAUCAUGAAAGACAGAAUGGUGACAAGGAAGUACUACAGAGCUUCGGAGAGAUUCAUGAUGGACGUGGUGUGCCUCAUACCAUUCGACUUGCUGUACCUCCAGUUUGGAUUUAAAUCCAUUUUUAGAGCCAAUCGUCUGCUGAAGGCAGGUACAUUUUUUGAGUUCAGCGAUCGUCUAGAAAGCAUCAUGGCCAAGGCUUACAUCUGGAGAGUGAUUCGGACCAUCGGAUAUCUUCUCUUCAUGCUCCACCUCAACGCCUGCUUCUACUAUGUAGCUUCAGAGUACCAGGGCAUUGGGUCAACUAAAUGGGUCUACUCCGGUCUGGGCAGCGCGUACCUGCGUUGUUACUACUUUGCUGUCCGCAGUCUGAUCAACAUCGGGGGUCUUAACGAACCUCAUACCGUCUUUGAGAUUACCUUUCAGAUGACUAACUUUUUCACGGGCGUCUUUGUGUUCUCCAGUUUGAUUGGACAGAUGAGAGACGUCAUUGGUGCAGCCACAGCAGGAAAGACCUACUUCCGAGCCUCCAUGGACGGCACCGUGGCCUACAUGGUGACCAACCACAUCCCCGGUAUGGUGCAGAGCCGGGUCCGCACCUGGUACACCUACACCUGGGACGCUCAGGGCAUGUUGGAUGAGUCCGAGCUGCUGGAUAAGAUGCCUCUGGUGAUGAGAACUGCCAUCGCUGUUGAUAUCAACCUAUCCACCUUUCAGAAGAUCGAUCUUUUCAAGGGCUGUGACCAGCAGAUGUUGGUGGACAUGUUACUGAGGCUCAAAUCCAUCAUCUAUCUACCUGGAGACUUUGUCGUCAAGAAAGGGGACAUCGGUAAAGAGAUGUACAUCAUUAAAAGUGGAGCGGUGCAGGUGGUGGGAGGACCUGACAACAGUAUUGUGUUUGUCACACUGAAGGCUGGCUGUGUGUUUGGAGAAAUCAGUCUGUUGCAGUCAUCCAAAGAUGGAGGGAACAGGCGGACAGCUAAUGUCAAAGCCCACGGCUUCGCUAACCUUUUCGUCCUGGAGAAGAAAGACCUGUUUGACAUCCUGGUCCACUAUCCAGAGUCUCAGAAAGUGUUGGCCAGGAAGGGAAGGAAACUGAUCAAGGCCAAAGGCCCAGCAACCGCAAAAGCUGUUGAAGAAAAGCCGAAAGGUUUAACCUUGUUUGGAACAAAGCCCCAAACACCCAAGUUAAUAAAACUCUUCCAUAACAUGAAGAAAGGGAUCAACAAGUCGACAGGUUGAGAGUGGAUCAACCACUUCAAAUCUAAAUAAUUUUGUACAUUCCACUUUUCGCUGGCUACUGAAUGGCUCACAAGAAGACAGAAACAGGUCAUUAGUAAUUGUAAUUAUCUUAGGAUAGUCACCUUUUUACCUUUUGUAGAUUACUUAAUAGUUACAUUUAACCUAAACAGUAGCAGUAGCCAAAACUGAAGGUUAACAUGUUUAAAGUUUGUGUAUUGUAAAUGAUGGCCCAUUAUCUGGAGCGUGAUCUUUUUUUGUAUAAAACAAAGUUAAGAUGUAUUAAAUGUGUCAAAGGUUUUAAUACUAAAAGCUCUUCUGUA